CAGCCCCCUCUGAUUUUGUUACUCUCAAAAGUCAAAGUCGCAAACAAAUUUUAUGCGACUCCAUUUUGGGUCUUGACCACAGGCUGAUAUCUACAAAGCUGCACUGGAGAAACACCAGACAUGGAGGAUGAUGAUGACUAUAAUUACAUGCUCUACCUGCAGAAUAUGAAUAUAACAGAGGACCCGAGCCACGUGGUCAGUGAAGUUGUCCAGCUGUGUGCCAAAAAGACUGUUAACAUGUUUGGUGCAAAAUUGAUCCCGGUGUUCUACUUUGUUAACUUCUUCCUGAGUUACCUUGGAAACGGCCUUGUCCUCCUCAUUAUCUUCAAGUAUGAGAAGCUCACCACAGUCACAAACAUCUUUCUGCUGAAUUUGGUGCUUUCCAAUCUCCUUUUUGCCUCCAGUUUGCCUUUCUGGGCUACCUACCAUUUGUCUGAAUGGAUCUUUGGAGAAGCUCUGUGUAAAAUGGUCAGCAGUGCUUAUUUCAUCGGUUUCUACAGCUCCAUCCUCUUCCUCACUCUCAUGACAUUUGACCGAUAUCUAGCUGUGGUGCAUGCGCUUGCAGCUUGCAAGCGCAGGAAGAAAAAGUAUGCCAUGAUAUCGUCUGUCAUUGUUUGGUGUAUCAGUAUUUCAGCAAGUGUUAAAGAGUUGGUCCUUCGAAAUGUGUUUGUGAACUCAAUGCAAGGCAAAAUGUGUGAAGAAUCAGGGUUAUCAGCAAGCAGUAUGAGAGUCUGGCGUUUGGUCAGUUUCUAUCAACAGUUCAUGAUUUUCUUCCUCUUACCUCUGAUAAUGGUCAUGUACUGCUACAUUAGGAUCACACUGCGAAUUCUCUCCACCCGGAUGAAGGAGAAGUGUCGAGCCAUAAAGCUAAUAUUUGUAAUCAUCUUCACAUUUUUUGUCUGCUGGACACCCUACAAUCUUGUAUGCCUUCUUCGAGCAAUUCAUAUUUCAGCUGGCGAGACAGACGAGGAAGAAUCAUGUUCCACCAAACAAAACCUAGAUUAUGCAUAUUACUUGACCCGAAACAUUGCAUACUUGUACUGUUGCAUUAGUCCAAUGUUUUACACAUUUCUAGGGAAAAAGUUCCAGAGUCACUUCAACAAACUGGUGAUUGAAAAAAUUCCCUGCCUGUCCAGACACAUUAGCUUCAACAGCCAGAGCACUAGAAGCACAUCAUAGAGAACACCUCACUCUGUUUACGAAUACUGAGCAAACAUGGAAAUCCUGAUCUUUUAACCGAUACAGAAUGUCAUAAUGCGCUCUCCUGACAUGAUACAAUAAUAAAUAGUCUUCUCUAAAGGCUUGGCCAUUAUGAUAUGCUACACAUUUAACUUCCCUUUUUCUCUGCAGGUCAUUCCAGACUGUAAGCCUUUAGUUUCUAUUUUGAAGGGAAUAUGUUGUUAUAUUCAGCCCCACAGCCAUGACCUGCCAGAUUUAAAACUUUGUGAAGCAGUUAUAUUUGAAACCUGGUCAGUUGAAUUAUUACUGUUGUGAAAAAAAAAAAAAAAAAAAUACAUUGAAUGGUUUUGAAUUUCUUCUUAAAAUGGGUUUUAAAUAUACUGAUAUGUUUACAAUGAUCAUUUUAAUGUAAAGUGUUUUCAAACUGUGGCCAUCUGGGAACAAACUCAUAUGAGUGAUUUUGACAACUGUUGCCAACACAUCACACUGAGAGCGGUCUGAACUGUUCAGAGAGGAAACAUUGCAAUGACUCAUCAGAACAAGAAGUAGCAGAGAAAAAGGAACACAGCAG